AUGAUUAAUAGCAGGAAAAGCCUUUGCGAUACACAUGAAUUGGAGCCUCAGCUCACAUCUACGGAUCCAAACGAACGAAAAAUGGCCAGAAGAUUGAGAAUUGAGAGACGAUGGGAAGCUUUUCAAAAGAGUAAAAUAAGUUUGGAACAAGAAGAACUCAAGCACCUCGAGCCGGAAGAGUUCCACGAAAUUCAUAUGCAGCUGAAACAAAGCGAAGAACUUCUGGAAAAGUUUCUAAACGAAGGUGAAGAGUACAUUACAAAUGUGCGAAUAGCAAACGAUUCCAGGGAGGUGGAUAGAAGGGAAAACGAAGCGAUUAAUAGAAUCAAAAUCUUUGAGCAGUUGGACGAAGAAGCUCAGGCUGCAAAUGAAUUGUUUGGAAAGAUUGCCAAAAAGUGGACAUCCAUUCAACGUCACAACGAUCCUCUACACAUAAACGAAGCGAUAAUCGAACAAAAAGAAAAAUGCGACAUGCUCAUCAACCAAAAAGACGCCAUCAUAGCGAUGCUCAACGUCGAAAUCAAAAAUGCCGAAAAGCAAUUCACCAAAGACCAAAAAAAACAAAUCGAAGACGUCAACACUUUAUCUAAUAGAAUUGAAAAACAAAUUUCCUUCAUGCGUAAAGCGUACGCAGACGAAUUGGACGUCUUGGAAAAAGUCAUUUUAACCGAAAGAGAGUUCCAAAUGGAAGCCAGCGACAAAAAGUGGGACGAGCUUUUCCGAAAACGCCAAAACCAAGAAAUCUCAAACACAAACGCAAAAUUCGACCAGGUGGAACUAUUCAACCAAAAAAUGGACGCAGUAAGAAUAGAGUUCCAAGAACACUACAGAGCAACUAAAAUCAAACUUGAAAACGAGAUUGAAGAACUAGAAAGGGAACUGGAAAAAAUCAAAGCCUUAACCCUUUUGAACAGCGAAAAACUAGACUACAACUAUCAAAUAUUGAAAAAACGCGAAGACGAAAACAUUAUAAUAAAGUCCCAACAGAAAAGACGCAUGAAUAAAUUGCAAGAUGUUAUAAACGCUUUGAGAGUUCAAAUACAUGACUACGAAACUACAAUGUCCAACAAAAUCCGUAAACUAAAAGAAAACAUCAAGAAAAUGCACAAAUCUAUUAUGGAUGUUGAAGCUAAAGCUGACCAUUUCGCUCACGUAAAUGAUGAUCAGUUUCACAGCCUUUGGGAGAUGAAUAAAAACAGAGUUUUAAAAGUUUUGAGGAAAAUUCUAGAAACUGAUCGAUUACUUUACGAGCAACAAAUGGGUUUAGACUGGGAAUCACCAAACAACUAUAUGAUUGACAAGACUACUUUGCCAAGUUAUAAAAACGCUUUGAAUCAUGUGCCAGAGGAAUAUAUUCGUGCAGAUACAACUAAACCCUCAGCUAAACAACCACCCUCAAAAUCGGCCGGAAGUAGUUCAGCAAUGACUGGACAAGAAGAAUCUUCGGAAUCGGCCUUUGAGCCUAUGGACGAAUUCGCCAUUGCCAAUUACCGAAGAAUAAUCAAACAUAUUCUUAUAAAGAUUUCAGAUAAGUCUGGAUUUUUAACUGAGAAACGAUUGAAGGAGCUUUUGAAAGACUAUGUGGAUGAGCACAGGCAACUGGUGCGGCUGGAUAAUGUUUUCCAGGCUCUCGGUAUACAAGGCAGCAACUACAUCCAUAUUCUUUUCAAACAUUUCCAACCUUACACUUAUUGCUCCAUUUGCCAAGGCUCUUUAACAAUGACUGCGUCCAAAAUGGGCAGCAGAAUAGAUUCUGUUGGAUCACAAAUAUCUUCAAUAUUUUCAAAACAUGGUGAUGGUUCUCAUUUAAUGUUGCCAGAAGUGAACGAGCUUAUAGAAGCUGUUUGUCAGCCCAAUCACGUUGUAGCUGCGAUUAUUGCUGACUUGGUCACUGGAAAAUCGCUUAUUUCUGUCGGGGACGAUUUGUCUCAAUUGUCCGAACAUGAGAGAAUUGAUGAAAUUUGUGGAACUGCUGCUGAACCGGAACAAUAUAGUUCACCAAAAGAAGGCUCAUCAGUGAAACCAUCAGCAGCUCUCAAAACAUCACCAUCAGCAACCGCCAAAGACCCAGACUUAUGGACCUGUCCCUUCCGUCAUCCCUUAAUAAUUAGCCCCGUUUACGUAUUGCAAGCCCUAAGGGAAUUCGUUGCUUCUUAUUACGUACAAAAAGUCGGCCUUCCAACCACAAAAGCAAGACUGGAACGGCAAAGAAUGACAAUAUCCAGAUACAUUUCCGAAAAAGAUAUGAAACUUUAUUGGGAAAAAUUCAAAUUGAAUUUUGGCAUCGACCGGGUCCAGGUUUGGGAAGCUUUAUUAACUGGACUAAAAAAAUAUCAUGAGAUUUUAAAAGAUAGGAAAUUAAUCAGCAAUGAAGUUCUGGAGCUGCGCAAUGAAAAUGCUGACCUCAAAAGGCUGUUGGCGAAUUAUCUGGAUCAUCAUGAUGUCAUGCCUCCUCCUUGUGCCAAGCAACAAAACAAAUUUGGCAAAUAA